UCAUGCUUGUGAUGGAGUAUUUCUACACUGCUGUACUGGCAGCAUUGUAUUAUUAUUAUUAUUACCUGUCAGUAUGAAUCUCAGGUGUGUUGGGACAUAAUUUAAUAGAUAAAUAAUGAGGUGAGCAGCUAACUAGCUCCGCAGUAUUACAUCAGCUUUACUAGCAGCUGUCAGUCACUAAGCGGACUCUUGUUCGCAUUUAGCAACAAAUUAACACGAGUCCAACUUAGCGCUGAUUAAACAGAGUUUAAUGGACGUUUUAAGCGGCUGUCAGGGUUAAAUUUAACCCCACUUUGGAGCUUGUCGGACCUGAGAGGAGCUAACAGCCGGCUAAUCAGGCUAACACCGACAAACACGAAGCUGUGACGGGGGUCCUACAGGUUCAGUGUCUGACAUCGUCAUGAGAUGAGGAAGAAGCAGAGUGUCUAAAGAGACGACCAGAGAGAGGAAGAACAUGUGACCACAUCCUGACAACACACUCACACUCACACUCACACACACUCACACAGAGUCAGUCAGUCGGAGUCGAUGAUGUUUCAGAGCUUCAUCAGAUCCAUGUGAAGGCGUCGUGAAGAUAACACACAAUCUGCCACAUACACAUAUAAUUAUGCACAUAAACACACACACAUUGAAUGUUAGCAGGUGUGUGUGUGUCUGACAUCAUGUCUGACUUGUGGACAUUCUCCACUUCCUGUCCUCCCCCCAUCAUCCAUCACUCCUCUGUUUCACAGUCAUCUCCUUUCAGUCCCUCACCUCCUCCAGUCUUCUCCCCCUCGUCACUCAGGAAUCAUGGCAACCUUCCUCAUGACAAGGUAUCCUCCCCUCACCUUCAACAUCCCCAGGUGACCUCCCCUCACCUUCAACAUCCCCAGGUGACCUCCCCUCACCUUCAACAUCCCCAGGUGACCUCCCCUCACCUUCAACAUCCCCUUGUAACCUCACCCCACCACCACCAUCAGCACCAGGUAACCUCCCCUCACCUUGCCUAUCCCCAGGUAACCUCCCCUCACCUUCAACAUCCCCAGGUGACCUCCCCUCACCUUCAACAUCCCCUUGUAACCUCCCCUUACCUUGUACCCCAGUCCCAGGAGUCCUCCCCUCACCACUUUCAGCCCCAGGUGACCUCCCCCCACCUCCAUCAACCCCAGGUAACCUCCCCCCACCUCUGUCAACCCCAGGUAACCUCCCCUCACCUCCAUCAGCCCCAGGUGACCUCCCCUCACCUCUGUCAGCCCCAGGUGACCUCCCCUCACCUCUGUCAGCCCCAGGUGACCUCCCCUCACCACCUCCUUUCCAGCCACAAUCAUGAUGCAGAUUUAGAUCAUUCAAACUGGAGCGGAUCUGAACCACCAUCUGAUCUUUCCUACCUGCUCAACAACUACAGUUUCUCCCACCAGAGCCAGGAUACAUCAUACUUGGAUUUCCAUCCCCAGAACCAGAACCAGAACCAGUUCAAUGCUGAUCUAACUCACCACAGACCCAAGUUGGAGAACAUAAACACACUGCCCUACGAGACUCAAACACUCGUUUCUGGCAAUGUGUACGGACAGAGCAACUCACCUGGUCCAGAUGUGGACACCUGGGGGUCUCUGGAGCCAGCUCUCUCCCAGCUGCAGUGCUCUCCACUGGGAUCCUUGUCUGGAGGAGUGCCCCUGGGGAGACGGAGUUCCGUGGAGUUCAGGUCAUUGUCUGCAGAGGACUUCUCCAGCAACCAGUUUGUCCCCUACAGUUACCAUGACAGUAAUGCCACCCAGCCCUUCUGUAGCCCCUCUACCCCUGGUCCAAGUCCUCAUUACCCUCAGACCCCUACCAUCUCCAGUCCUGGUCCUCAAAUGCAUCCCAGGACAGAGAGACUAGGGUUUCAAACACAGACAUCCACACAGCUGAGCAGAGAUAAAACCAUUAGUUGCUGUCUGCAUGAGUCUGACAGCUAUGCUGUGACCUCUGACCCCAGCCAGCACCAACUGAGCCAACACGUUGUCCUGAGCCAAACUGAGCCAAUCCAUAACCAGUCGGGCCUCCCUGAUGCUGCCAGUAGCCUAGAGAGCUGUUUCCCUCCACAGGGAAGCGGCCAGGAUGUCAGCAGUGCUGCCCAGCCUCCAAGCCUCACUGCUGGGCUGAGCUGGAGGGAAGAGUCAGGAGGAGGAAGGAAACGAGGAAGAGGAAGAGGAAGAGGAAGAGGAGGAGGUGGAGAUAGUCAACCAGACUUGUCCUGGAACUGGAUCAAACAGCCUCAACAUGAAAACCUCACGAAGGCUCCAGACUCCAGGCUGAUGUGUACAGUGUGUAAACGUGACUUCAGGAGUUUGCCAGCGUUGAACGGUCACAUGCGUUCCCACAGCGGCUUCAGAUCAGCUACAUGGUUGAACAAGGGCAACAACUCCUCCCCACCUGUCCAACCCUCUGUUUCCAUGGUGAUACCCGUCUCUGUGCCUGUCCAAUCCAAAGACAUGUCCAAAGUGUGUAGGAGUGGACAACAGAGGAGAUGCACUCGCCAGUCUUCAGCCACCGGAGGCGCUGUGCUCUAUUGCAGCCUGAUGCGUCUCGACACUGCCAAGGAAGAAGAGGAAACGGUUGCUAGGGGCGGUGGGAAAGUCGCUAGUGGUGGUGGUGAUGACAGUGGAGGAGUUGUCAGUGGUAACGGAGUUGUUGCCAGGGGUGAUGGUGGCAGAGGUCACUACACUCCUCCUCCCAUGCUGUGUCCUCUCAGGGCGGGGCCGGGGCUGUACUGCUCCCUCACCACCAGGAGGCAGCAGAGAGCGCAGACUGUGCAGCUCCACAACUCAUACAAUGGACUCAGUGACCUUGUUUCCAUGGAGACAGCCCCUCCUUCUCCUCCUGGAACACUAACGACAGGAAUCAAUAAGCCACGGAUCAAUAUGGGACGGGGCUACCAGGCUGAGAUCCCGCCCCUUCAGGACAGAAAAUAUGCCCCCUCUGACUCCCACGAUGCACUGCUGCUGUGGACGCCGUGGGAUGUACUGGAGCGUCCUGCCAAUCAACAGAGAGUGGAAGCUCUCCUGUCGAUGUCUCGCUCCAGCGUGGUGCCAGGGGGCGGGGCCAGCCCAGAGCACGCCCUCCACAUCCUAUCAGAGGCCAGAGGAGACUUCCUGGUUUCGGUGGAGAAGCUGCUGUCGACUCCCGAAACCUCAGCUGGUGUCAUGUGGAGCGAAGCAGAGAGGAAGCUGAUGGUUAAAUCUCUGCAGCUUCAUCAGAAAGACUUCAGCAGCGUCCAGAAAGCCGUUCAGACCAAGUCCGUCUCUCAGUGUGUGGAGUUUUAUUAUCUGUGGAAGAAGAAGCUGAGUCUGAGUUCGAGGACACCGGCCGGGCUGACUGUCGCUCUACCCAACAAAAAAGGUCAAAGGUCGUGAGGAUCUCAUGGUGCAUCACAAACGACCAGACUGUCAACCGCUGGAGCUACACACUACACACACACACACACACACACACACACACACACACACACACAAACAGACACAGAUAUAGAUUUUGUUAUUAAGGCUUAAACUGCAACUGUUAUGAAGUUCACCUCCAGGUUUAUUGUUUAAAUCCUCUUGACUCCUCACUCAGAUAAUGUUUUAUUGUUUAAUAUACUCAUAUAUUAUCUAUUUAUUUCCAGUUUUCUUUCUUAAUAAUGUAAUAGAUGCUGUUGUUUUGAUAAAAAAAUUAGACGCUCUGAACAUUAAAGCAAUACAUUUCUGUCUGUCUGAAGUCUGUUUCUAUUUUCUAUGUUUUCAAUUAUGAUCACACAAGUGAAAUAAUGAUGUUUGCACAGGGAAGAGUUUAUGUUGCAACCAUCACAUCUGAUGUGUUUUCUCUGAGCUCUGGACUUCAGUUUGGUUCAGUUUUCAGCUCCGGUAUGUUGGGAUAUUGUUUUUCUUUAGUCCUCUUUGUCU